AUGGCUCCGCAUAGAAGAAAUGUCAAUCUGACGGCAGAAGAGAGAAGAUUCUGGGAGAGUUUUGACACGAAGUCCCGCCCGAAUCUGAGCCGUGACGAGUGGGAGAAGGACUUGGAAGAGUACUUGGGCAGCGUCUCGAAGACUCUCGAUGAGAGUGCGAAAGAGAAGUUUGCGGAGAAGUUCGGAAUACCGAUACGGACGGUAUGAAGCAAGCGACAGCGAUACUUUGAAACCUCAUCAAUCGUUUCGUUUUAAGGUGGAGGCGAGUUUCAGAAAACUAGUCUCAAAGGAGAAACAGAAGGCGAUGGGAAACGGCGGGCGGAUGGUGGUGAAAAGGUCGAGGUUCGACUCGGAACAGAAGCGGAAGAUGGAAGAAGCGAUCGAAAAGUGUUAUGCGGAGGGACGGAGACUUCACAGCAGUGCUCCGAAGAUUGCGGAGCUCGUCGGAGGAGUGACUGCGCGGCAGGCGAGUUUAAGAAUGUCUUCAGGAGUGUGAGUGAUUUGCUCGUUUCAGGUCGUCGAUUUCUACUAUAAAAAUGUAGAAAAAUUUAAGAGAAAGCCAGUGACGGGAAAGAGGGGGGAGGAAGAAAGAGACGCGGAGCAGGAGGAGGAGGAGAAAAGCGAGCGUCAAGUCGGAAGGAUCAUAUUGACCAGAGACCAAAUGAAGGGACUCGCCGAGGAGUUCCGUCUUCGAGGGCGACGCGUUUUCAAGGGAAGGUCCCUCAAAUGUAUCGCCGAGAGGAUCGGAGUGUCGGAAGAACUGGUAUGAUUCGACCGAGCCGCACGCACGAGCCAUAACUAAUCAUUUUCAGGCAGAAGCCUUCUCCCAAGGACUGGCGUAUCAAUACGAUACGGCAGAAGAAAAAGACAGAGGAGGUGAAGGAAGUGUGGAGAAAGAAGCGGGCCACUCUCGGCUCCGAGCAAAGGUGAGUUCGAUGAAACUGCACUACACUUUCUAUGAACAUUUUCUGAUUUCAGAAGACGAACAACUCUCCAUCUCCAUCAGAUUACGAAUCUCCGGAAAUAUGCUUAUCGCAGGAUCAUUUUGAUGCGGACCGGGCGGGCCCUUCGACUUCCGCACCGUUCCGACUUCCCGACGAAGGAGAAGAGAAAAAAGGACGGGGACUAGGAGACGAUAAAAGUCAUGAAGAAGAAGGACUAGGCCAAGGAGAUCGAGAAGACGAAGGAGAAGGAUUAGUGAAUGAAGAUGAAUCAUUUGAGGAAGGCAAAGAAGAUGAAGAGAAAGGAGACGGUCAAGAAAAAGAUGUUGGCCAAAAAGAAGGUCCAAGUCAAGAAGAGAGAGAUAAAAUAAACGAGGAAGACCGAAGACAAGGUUCAGUGAAUGAUGAAGGACCAGCUGAAGAAGGCAAAAAAGACCAAGAAGGAGGAGCUGAAGAAAAUGAAGAGCAAGAAGAAGGUCAAAGUCAAGAAGAGAAAGAGGAAGAAGAAGUAGAUCAUGGAGAUGGAGACCAAGAAAAAGGAGCAGGUCAAGAAGGCCAUGAGGAAAAAGUAGAGCCAGAAAAGGGCAGAGGAAAAGAAGACGGACGGGGCCAAGGAGAAGUAGAAAUCAAAGGAAAAGAGAAGAAGCGCGACGAGGUUAGUGUAGGAGAGAAUGAAGAGAGAGAAGAAGGACAAUAUCGAGAUAAUAGGGCUCAGGAAGAAGGACCAGGUCAAGGAGAGGAAGAAGAAAGAGCUGGGAAGGAUGAAGAGCAGGAAAAAAGAUCGGGUCAAGGAGAAGGAGAAGGAGCUGAAAAAGAGGAAGAGCUAGGAAAAGGAUCGGGUCGAGGAGGAGAACUCCGAAGAGAAGAAGAAGAAGAAGGAGGCAAAGAUAAUGAGCAAGAAAAGGAGAAGGUAUGAAAUACAUGUUUGCUAACAGCCAUAAUCACCAUUUCAUGUUCAGAAAUCCACUCCAAUCAAUGAUGAGCAACAGACCGAACGAGAUGCUCAAGGAUUGGAAUCGAUUGUUCCAGAAGCUCCAGUCCAAGAAGCAGGAAGACUGCCAGCAGAAGACAGAGACUCUCAAAAGCCGGAAAAUCCGACCGAAAUCGUAGCGGAUAAAGAGGUAGACUAUCAUGUUUGUUCUAGUUUUCACAAUCUUUUUUCAGUCUGUCAACCGUCCGUCUCCUUCUGCUCAAGUAGUCGAGACGGAAGCGGCUCAGGAGGUGAGAAAAUGAAAGAUAGCUUUCACUCUAAUCAAUCUCGUUUCAGGUUCCUACUCAAGUUUCCGAUGCUCAGAGGGAGCAACCGGAGCCCAGCACCUCCACUCUGAAGAGGAAGAAAGAGGAUACGGUAGGAGACUCGGAGCCUCCAGCGAAACGGCCACGCGAAGAAGACGUCAUGGACUGGACGACGGCGGAGACGUGCGAGUGGCUUUCCGGAAGGAUCCCGCACAUUCGGACGUUCCUCGAGGUGCUCCGAAAGCACGAACUGACCGCCCGUCAGCUGAUGGUGAUCAAGGAGAGCCGGAAGGAAAAGCUCAUGAAAAGAGUGCCCGAGCUGCGCCGUUUCGACACUCAACUCUGGCAAUCCGCAAUCAAAUUGCAAGGCUUGACCAAGCCGAAGGGUUACAAGAACAACUUUCGUUAG